CAAAAACUCUCUCUAACUUUGGGCUUCUCUCGGAAUUUUGGCUAGUUUUUGAAGAAAAUGGAAGAUUAUGUCAACAAUCCCGCAAAUAUGCAUGAUUUUAGUUUAAUGAAUACGAAAGCCUUUGCGAACCUAAAAGGCUCUGGCGGUAACAUAUGGGAAGUCUUUGAAGUUUUAGAUGAUGCCCGACGUGCUAUUUUCAGAAAUACCGUCUUUGGCUAUUUUAUUGAUGUCCCUCGUUUACAAGGGGACGCUUUAUUGUUUCAUAAAAUGUUCCUUCAUCAGAUCCGGCCGGACCCUGUUUUAUCUCCAGAUGGAAUAAAACGUUUAUAUUUUCGAGUAGGCAAUACCAAAAUGGUUUAUGGGCCGGAAGAGUUUUGUUUGAUUACCGGCUUCAAUUUUGGGGAGUAUCCAAAAAACAUUGGGAGAAAAGGGUCGGAAAAACUAAUAAGCAGUAAAAAAAGAUGUUUACUGCGUGAACGGCUAUUUCCGGACCAUACUAAUAGUUCGGUGAAAAUCGGCGACCUGAAAAGUUUAAUUUUAAAUCAAACAUUCUUAGCACUUGACGACCUUGAUGCAGUUAGAGUAUGUUUGAUAUACAUUUUGUGUGAAGGUUUUUUGGGCAAAGAAGUUAACGAUCGGGUGCCACAAGAUUGGUUUUUUUUGGCUGAGAAUUUGGAUCUCUGGAAUAGCUUCUCUUGGGGUAGCUAUCUAUGGGAUUUUACUUUUGUUGACCUUGAGGAUACGUGGAAUAAGAUACAUCAUUAUUUAUCACUUCCUCAGCGUGGUCAAACUUUAAAGUAUUCCGUCUCAGGAUUUACGGCUCCAAUUAGGGUAUACAAAUUUUCUUAUAUUUAAAUUGUUUUAUUGUUAUAUUUUUUAUUUUAAUUUUAACUUUUAUUACUGUUAUUGUACAAAAUUGUAGAUAUGGAUAUAUGAGAUGAUUCCGGCUGUUCGUGCAUGUGGAUUUGCAUUGAGAAAAAAUAAAGACUUGCCUCGGAUGAAAAGAUGGAGCGGAACAAAAAAAUUGAAAUGGGUUGACGUGAACAAGAUUUGGUCAAAGAUGCAGGUUUAAAAAUAUUUCGUUUAUUAUUAAUAAAGUUGAUUAUUAUAGUUUUAUAUGCAUUUUUAAUAUGUUUAAUUUUUUAGGAGGGGCUACCACCAAGACAAAACAUGUUACCGGGUGAUGGUGAGAUGACAUCUUUUUAU